AUGUCGUUCCUUACGGACACAUGCUACUCGCAAGAGGAGUGUAUUGACGCUGUUCGAGAUUUCUACAGCUUCCUUACCCAAAUGUAUCUUGAAGACGACUAUGUGAAGGAGCCUCCAGAAAGUGGCUGGCCUUCUAUCACGUCGGACAUCCUCAAGGAUUUUGGCAAAACGGAUGAGGUCAUAUCUCUCCACCUUCAGCUGCCCUACAUACACAUGCGUCACAGCGGCACAGAUGCACAUGGCGCUCCUUGGUGCUACUUUGCAGACUGGCAAUCUCUAAGCCAGGAUAUGGAGCGUGGAAGAGUGACAGGCUAUGAAUUGAAGCUCUUAUCAGAAGGCGCCGAUAUUUACGACAAUGUCCCUCCCCACGUAGUCAGCCUUACGUUAGGAGAUCGCGACGAUUCCGCCUUUUUACUCGACACGAAGCUGGGAAUUGUGUACUGGCACGGGUGCCCAGGCGAAAUCAUGGAUAACCCUUCCCGCGAGCGAAUUUGGGACGACCCUUACGAAUGGGCUCCAGAGAACGAGGCCGAUUGGCGUGGCGAUGCCUCUGCAUGGACCGUAAAGGACUUUUUUGGGGUUCUCAAGGAUCAAUUCAUCACAUUGAGCUUUAUCCCGAUGAGUCCACGAUCAGUUAUAGACAUCUACACCAUACAACCAGCGAACUUGAAAGGCUUGGUUGAGAGGUUACAAGAGACAUACCGCUCGCAUGACUGGCCUGAAUUGGAGAGCUUCUGCAAGCAUGAAUGCUUGGCGGCAGUGGAAGCAAUCGUGAAGCAGUACGAUUCGGCUGUUUAG